AUGGCUGACAAAGCGUUUACUCAAGCGUUCAACUCUGAUGUAGCCAAUGUUCGAGAACUAAAGACUUUUUUGAGAGAUCGCGGUGAACAGGUCAGCGGGAAUAAGCCAGAACUGGUUAGACGGGCGAAAGGAGUGCUUGAUUUAGGACUAAAACCAUUAAAAGUAAUCCAACAGACGGACAAAGAGAAUGCAGGCCACCGAGAAGUAACGAAGUUUAAAACCCCGUUAGGUGAAAUUUUACCAGAUCCUUCUCGAUUACCAAAUUGGUUAGAUUCCCUAAACGACGUACCAAACUUCACAGACAAAGAUCUUUAUAACUACCUUGUUUUAAAUUGCCAAAGGACUUUUGAUCAUGAUUACUUAAAAGCAAACAGAGCUUUCAAAGCCAAAGUUUUCUACGAAGAAUGCCAUGUUCAUAGUGUGAAAUACCACAAGAUAUCUGAAAAAUGUAGCCAUUGUUUUGUAAAAUGUAAAGUAAUCCCAUCAUAUCCAACCAAGAAUGAAAAGGAGAAACCCGACUAUGAUGUGUGGCUGUCCCUGUCAAAAAUAUCUGGACAUGUUCACUCAGCAGGAUGCAGUUGCAGUGCAGGUGAAGGCGAAUCAUGUAAUCACAUUGCAGCCCUGCUGUAUGCACUUGUGGACAUUUCUAGGAGUCAAAUAGAUGGAAUGCAUGCAUCUACAUCCAUGAAAUGCAAGUGGAACGAGCCCAGAAAAAGAAGACUAAGUCCAAAUAGGGUUGAGGAUAUUGUUUUCAAAAAACAUAAAUUUUCUGAUGUAGCAGGUGAAGGGAAUGCUAGAAACAUUCAGUUACACACAAGUGGGAGUACAUGUACAUCAGCCACAAAUGUUACACCAGUAAAUCUUGAACAUUUCAGCAGGAAAUUACAAUCAUGUAAUAAACAUGCAGCAUGGCUUUAUGGGAAUGCAUUUUCCAUACCAGUGAUUGAACCAAAAAUUCCUCCACUUCACAAUAUCGAUUUUCUGUACAAGAACUCAAUUAAUUUGGCCUCUGAACAAUGUCAGGCUACCUUUAGCCAAUAUUUUCAUAAUUUGAAAAUUUCUGGAAGUGACUGUGCCUCAAUUGAACAGCAGACACGACAGCAGGCAAAAUCUUCAAAGUGGCAGCAGGCUAGAGUUGGUAGGAUUACCACAUCUAAUUUUGGAUUGGUAUGUAAAACCAAACAAACCACCUCCCCAGAAAACCUAAUUGGCACACUAUUUGGAUACAAUGGGGAUGUAAACACAGCUAGUGUUCGGUGGGGACAGUCCCAUGAGGCUGCGGCUCUCAGAGUUUACACCAAGAAACUGAACCGGAAACAUUGUGAUUUAGAAGUAACUAAAUGUGGCCUGAAUGUAAAUCCAAAAUACCCACAUCUCGGAAGUAGCCCAGAUGGACUAGUUUCAUGCUCCUGCCAUGAUAAGGGCCUGGUUGAAAUAAAAUGUCCAUUUAAAUACCGCUUUAAGACACCCGCAGAAGCUAGCAUGGAAAAAGACUUUUACUGCCAUUUUGUCAAUGGUAAAAUAACAUUAAAAGAAAAUCAUUCAUACCAUUAUCAAAUUCAGGGACAGAUGGCAGUGUGCCAAAGAAACUUUUGUGACUUUUUUGUGUGGACACUGAGAGGAGAUUUUCUGCAAAGAAUUGAUUUUGACAUUAAAUUUUGGGAAAACUGUUUGAACAAAAUUAACAGUUUUUAUUUGAAAGCAGUAAUUCCAGAAUUGUUCUCAGAACGUGUUAAACGUGGUUUGAAGUUGUAUUAAGCAAUAUUUAACUUGUUUUGUUACUCACUUUACUGAUUUAGA